GCUUUAAAUCUUCCAAACCCAAAAAAACUAGAACAAGAAUCUCAUCACGACGAAACAAACGCGAAAACUACUUCUGACCAGUGUUGCCGAACGAUUGAUUUAAACAGCAUUCUACAGCUUUCUAUCUAACCUAUUUACGCUACCACCAGCAAGUUCUGUUUUCUCGAACGCACCAAGACAACAAAAAAACAAGGUGUUUCAGCUUGUCUAAAGCUUCUGUUUCUUUGCUAGAAAAGGAACAGCAGCCUAAAUGAAAUCAAUAACGCAGAGGAUGUAAGAGUUAAGACUAUUUUAUGCAUAUCAAAACUUGAUAAGUAAAAAAAAAACCAAAGAAAAAAACAAAUGUGGGAAGAUCAAAUGCAAGCACGAAGCGAAGUGUUAUUGCGCGGAAGGAUGAACUAGAUGAGCGAAUAAAGCACCGAAGCGAUUCCGAAGGACGCCUGUUCCUGGCACAGAUAGCGACUGUUUCUGAUUGAUUGAGGCCCUUUGGUUCUGUAUAUCCCUUCCAGAUAUCAUCAUCGGAGUUCGCUUUUCUCCACCGGUGCUCACACCGGAGUCAGUGUGGACACGCACACCUCAAAAUCAAGUUGCGCUUGUAGCAGAACAAUCCACUAUUACCAACAGGCAUAGACACACGCAUACAACCCUAACGCGCGCUCACUAUAAGCUGGCAAGAAGAGCACACAAAUAUACACACAAACACACCAAAACAGAAAAACAUCUACCGACAAGCCACGCAGGAACUCAAUAAGUCAAUUACUUGGAAAAGCAAUGGAUUCACUAAACCAAACAAAAAAUAUUGAAUAAAAGAAGAACCCUUCUGCCGGGAAAAGAGCAAACCAAAGCAGCAACUAACCAGUUCGAUAUAAAUAGGUACCAAGCCCUUUGUUUACCUGCUUUUUGUUUUUACGACGACGAAAUCUAAACGGCGGCUUCCGGGCAUCCAGGUGGGCACCUGCUUCCGAUUGAUUUGACUGUGAUACAAUCGAUAGGUUUCCUCUCUCCGUAUUGAGUACCUCUAACAGUUCGGACUUUUCUUUAUGUUUUGUGUUCUUAUGUGCUUGGAACUUUCUUCGAAAGUUCCAGUAUUUUGCGAGUCGUAGCAACGUUCGUUUCGACUACCUAGCGAUGGAUGUUUUUGACCAGUUUGACUCCACCCGUAUUGGUUUCUAUUGUAAAAAUUGUACCUCUUAUCUAUUCACAUUAGAGGAUUGAUAAGAUUAGUUUUUAGUAUACUUAAAUGACCUCUCAGGUAACCUCCGAAGUGGUUGAUUGACCGUUUGAUUCCUUACAGAACGCUUUUUGGCUUUCAAUUGUGCACAUUGAAGCAACGGAAGCAUUCAGGGUAAAGCUGGCCUUCGGUUUUUUGGACACCUUUCUACUUAGUUUUGGUCAUUGAACCAACGAAGCAUAACUUAUUUUGGGUCUCAUAAUAACCGUGUAAAUUCAAGGAACCAUUACUGGUUUCAAUCUUCAAACCGCUCACGAAAGAAGGCAAAAACUAUUUUUUGAGGAAGUGAUGAAAGGCUUAAACAUUGAGUCCACAGCUACAUAUUCUUUGCCAGAGCAUGGCUUCUUCACGAAUUAAUCAGCAAAUACGAUUUUAUACUUGUUAGCACAGCGCCACUUACAAACUUUUGACCGAGAAGUUGCCUGAAGUUCAUUUUUCUGUGGACUCUAUCGAAGUACUUCCGUUGAAUUCCGAUAAAACUUGCUCGUACGAACAACUAGCACGCUUCUUUGCCACCAAAUUCUGCUUCAGAUGCCAAUUCUAAUGUCUAUUGGCAUCGUAAAACCUCAAGCGUGAAUAUUCCGCCAUAUCCCAGACGGAUAUUCCAAGAUGAUCCCAUCGCAUAUCUCAAUAUCUUUCUUCUUAGCUUUCGCUGUUGAUGACGGUCAUCGUGAAGGUUCUUAUUGCCUUUUUACAUCAAAGUUUUCGUGAUAACUUUCAAAAUACUACAACCUGUUGAUUUUUGUAUCCUUCAGGUAACUUUGAUCCAGACAAGUUUUGUUUACGUUGUUCGAGGUUCCAUUCUGCCCCGUAACGUGGUCGAAUCUUUUGACGCAACUUGCAUAAUAAACGUGUAAAUAAAUGUAUGUCAAAUGGUUCAAGUUUCUACCCAAAGAGAAAUGACACAUGAGGGGCGUCUAGACUUACUUUUAGGCAGACUUUAUUGGAUUACUCUCGCCUAGUCAAUGAGCAAGUCUUCUCGUUUCCUUGGGUUCCAUAGUGGAACGUUGUAGGAAGGUACUGUGGAGUGUGGACGAAUGCAUAGUUGUAUUUGGUAUCAACAUAUUUCGAGCGGCGCUCACUAAAGUUGUUUGAUGACGCUCUGGUUAUUCUCGUUAUCUUUACAAUAACUGGUAGUUGAGUGUGGAUUAUCAGAUCGUAGAGUAGGUGUAAUACCCAGCGUAACCUUCGACAGCUUCCAAAAUAGAGGCAUAUUCCGAUUCGGAACUACUUAAUGCUACGCAAUCUUGCUUCUUUUGUCAAAAAGCCCGUGGUUGACGGUCUUUGGUAUCGUCUGCCCAGUAAACGUGAACGAAAACAUCAAAAUGCAUGGAAUUCACUCUCAGGACUAAUUCGUGGUCCUACCUUUUAAGAUACAACAGAAUACGUUACGCCUCUACACAGUCAACUUGCGAUGGGCAGCUAGUUUUUUUUUCCCAAGAUAAUUACAGCUGCGGCGAUGUCUGGUCGUGGACGCAUGAUCAAGUAUAGCAAUCCUCCAAUCAAGCUUGAACACUGUUGGUUAUGCGGUAGCAUGAUCUCCUCUUUGGGGUGCAAGUGGCAAGGAUCUAAUUGCAUUGUGGACGGCUUUGCUUCGUCCAGGCCGACUCUUGUCAGAAGUUUCUAAAUACUCGGCCUGUAGUUUGGUAACUGGUGACUUGGAUUCCGAAGAAGAAUUUGAUUUCUCUGAAGAUGUUACCUUGAAAUUUUGGUUCAGCGGUUACUCAGGGCCGGAUUUAAAUGCUAGGAAGGGCCCGGGGCGUGGGGCCAUCUUUUCUUAAAAUACUACAAGGUAUACAGCCCUAGGGGUUGUAUGAAAUGGUGACGUAGGACUAAAUAUAUAAUAUAUGCUAAACUAAAUAUUAUUAUAUGCUGCGCUAAACUGUUCAUAGGUAACACUACCGUUUAUUUUUGAUAGUCGUUAUUUUAAAACCAACGAUGCAUGAAUACAUGAAAAUUUUACACUAGUAGUAGAUGCAAAAAUUCUCAUAACCCUUAUCUUCAUCUAUAGUUCUGAAAAGAACCGAUUCCAUAAUAUUCAGUUUGAAAUUCGUGCUAGAAUAUCGUGCUAGAAUUCGUGCUAGAAUAUCAGCGUUCUCACUCGCACCAUGAAUAUUUUGUUGGCCGCGCAUAAAAUUUGCUCUCCGCUGUGCCCUCCAGUAGCUGUGCCAGCAAAAUAUCCUGCAGCGAACGAUGGUAACUGUUGCUGCCGUAUGCAAAAUAAAGGUGUAACAUGUUCCGCAGUGCCUGGAAGUUGACUCGUAUGCAGCUCUCGAUUCUCAAUGUCGCGUACCUUUAACAGCUGCACUGCUCUCGCUUAUGUGUAACAAACUAAACUGAAGCUGAAUUUUCUACACGCAGUCUUUUGUAUCGAGUUCAGAGCAGAUUUUUGCAAUGGCGUGGCUACGUAGCUUCGAGAAAGAGGAACAAACCAAAACACUUUCGAUACUACUGAGUGAUUUUCAUAAGCAUCAAAAGAAAGUUUUUGCUUUCCCGAUGCGAAAAUCACUCUGGUUCUUAGAUUAACUAAUUUUCGAUUCUAAUAUUUGACUGAUAACGGAGUUCGAGUAGGCAGAAACAUACAAUUAAACCGGAAAAUCACUCAAUUCAUCAGUGAAAGUUCUUGAAAUGAGGGUUAUAUCUUGUUGUGAUAAACUAUUCAUAGGCAACACUACCGUUUAUCUCUGGUGCGCCCUGGUCGUUAUUGUAAAAAUGAUUAUUGAGAAAUAGAUGGACAUUUCACACUAGGAGUAGUUGUGAAAAUUCUCGUGACUCUUAUCUUCAAGCAUUUAUAGUUCUAAAAAGAACCGAUUCGAUAAUCUUCAGCUCGAAAUGUAUGCUAUAGAACGCUGAUGAUCACAUCACCACCGGUAGCAUCGAUUAUUUUGUUGGCCGCGUAUAAAAUUUGCUCUCCGCUGUGCCCUCCAGCAGCUGUGCCAGCAAAAUAUUCUGCAGCGUACGAUGGUAACUGUUGCUGCCGUGUGCAGAAUAAAGGUAACAUGCUCCGCGGUGCCUGGGAGUUGACUCGUAUGCAGCUCUCGUUUCUCAAUGUCGCGAAGCUUUAACAGCUGCACCGCACUCGCUGUUGUGGAACAAACUAAACUGAAGCUGAAUUUUCUACACGCAGUCUUUUGUAUCGAGUUCAGCGUAGAUUUUUACCAUUAAGGCGUGGCCACGCAGCUUAGACAAAGACAAACAAACCAAAACACUUUGUUGAGUCAAAAUAUGUAGGCAGUGGAAUUCAUUUCGUCCAUGUUAUUGUUAUCUGUGCUUGGGAAGCAAGCCAAUAACAAGGGAAAUGUAUGGGAAAGCUUGACCUUGAAACUUUUCACCUUUUUCCUCCAUUAAGCAGUAAAGCAACAAUGUUGAACAUAAUAUCAAAAAAUUGUUACACAUUUUAUCUAUCCACCGACAUAUAAAUGACUAAGAUGCAUUAAGUCGUUCGCUUGCUAUAACCGUUUGAAAUCUGACGCAACAUUUGCCAGUUUCAUUUUCAUUUUCACAGAGUGUAAUCUAGUAUAGAAAACAAAGACGUAGUCUUACGUCAAAAAUUACAGCUAAGAAAAUUUGAAAUUUUGAAAUUAUUGAAUGCUUUGCUGGGUGACGAGCAAAAAAAAGGCCUCCACUUGUGUCGGCUCGUCUGGCCCAGGAUUAGGAAGGGCCCUCGUGUCGAAAGGCUCGGGGCAUUUGCCCCCUAUGCCCCCCCCCCCCCUUAAAUCCGGGCCUGCCCUUACUCGAAUACUAUAACAAACUCAUCAGCGUAAACAGCAGUUUUUAAUCAUUGCAGCUGACGUAGAAGCAACAGUUGUAGUGUUGUAGAACUGUGGGCCCAUAACCUAUUGUACUUAAAUUUGGUGGCCGUAGAUCGAAUAUUUACUUGAAGAUGGAAAAUCAUAGGAUGAACAUUUAUUCAAAUCUUUUCUAUGACAAAAAAACUUUCGUCGCCUACAGGCCUAUUAAUCUCCUCAAUAUGUAAAAAGGUCGGCGUUAAAAUUCACUACGCACUACGGCAUGAGCACUGCGUAUAGCAGUUUUCUGUACCCCACUUCUUUCUUCUGAUUUGUGCUGUGACUCUGCCGCUCAAAGAAAAAAGUCACUUGCUGCAUCCACCAAAGCUGAGCGAAACAAGAGUGAGAAUACAUAGAAGCACAUCAGUGCGCACUGCUAAGAUAAUACGAUAGAGAUAACAAUGUGAUGUAGAGUAACGGCUGGACUUAUUUUUUCAGCUUAGAGAUGCAAAGCAAACUCGAAAAAACGCAAUCUACUUUCCUACUGAUAACAUAAGUUCAAGAUUCUCUGAAGAGAAACGACAAGCCUGAUGGUUUACUAGAAUUACAUCUCCAACAGACAGUGAAUAGAGGGUCGGCGCGAUUCCCACACAGUAAUUCAAAGUGGCAAAAAAAGAACUCUGAAUUUCAUGUGUUGUCUGUUUAUCGCAGAAAACGUAAAAUAAUCACAUUUCGGUAAAAUCUUUGCAGACACGUAUUCGCGCAUCUGAAAAUCGCAAAUUAUUAUUUAAAAUGCCACACUCAGGUGCUCCUUGAACUCUUCAGAACAGCUCACACUGUUGAUAUUGGCAUUUUUACUACUUCAGUCAAGUUCAGUUGAGUUUCGUUCCGUGCUGCUCCGCAAUGUGGAGGAAUAUUUAGACAAAACUUGCACCUGAUAUUUCUCAUAAACGUAUAAACAAAGUUAUGUCAAAUGGUUCCAGUCUAAUGCGUCCAGAUUCACUUUUAGUCCGAUGUCCCAUGGAGAAGAAUUUAUUAAUACGUAGACCUGUGAGUUCCGGUCCCGCGAAAAUAUGUGAUUUGUGUGAAAGCUAAGUGGGCUCGCGUGUUUUGUUAGAUCUUUUUCCAUUAGACUGCCUCAAAUUAUAUUACUUGAUGAAGUGGAAGAAGGUGAAUGUAUCUCGGGCUUCGACUGAGUACUUCCCAUAGCUCCACAAAUCAACCUCCGAGUUUCAAACAACUAAGCUGGAUGGCGCACUAGUUUUGAUCUAUGUCUGUUUCACAUCCAUGUUUGAGGGCCCAGCUUAUUUCAAUGGCUCUGCUGCAGAGCUUUUAAUUUCGUGGUAGUCGUUCGCUUGAUUUGAGUGUUCCAUUUUAGCUUCUUGGAUGAUUCCCAAAUAUCUCUCCUCAGUGUUCCAUUUUAUUUCGGUACCUUCCAGCCGUAGUUUUGGAAUAAUGUAAUCAAAGUCAAGGGUAAAGUAACGUUUUUUUAGUGUAGGAGGUAAUCAAGCCUUCGCAACUGAGAAACAAUUAGAUAGAAAGUAGUCCUUCAUCUUCAAUCUUUCUCCUGAUUUUUGGAGCUCUCGUUACCAUGAUCUGGACCACCUUGCGUUCCACUUUAUGGCGCAUCUGAUUAAUUGGAAUUUGAGUUGUUGAGCUUCGGUAGUUUUUCACUUUUUUUGUUCAUCAACUGGAACAGUAUGGCCCAAUACGAUUCGAUUGGCCACGCUUGGGGUACCCAUUUCUUUACUUAUUGUCUUUCUUACGUGUGGCGCCACUUUUGGCACUUCUCGGGAUUUUCUGCCGCUGCUUCUCCGUGUAUUUCGGUCUGCAUGCUCACUUGUAACGUUUCACGCCUUCAUGAUUCUGACCACCGUGCUCAGUGACGUUUCGAUCUUGUUCAUCAGCUUUCUGAUGAUGGCGCCAAAAUUGUUCUUGGUGAUAGCUCUCAAUUUCGUCCGCUUGACGGUGCCUUUUCCGCUCCGUCGGCUAGGUCUUUUAAUAUAGACUCACCCGUCAGUUUGCAUUUUGUUUGAAAUAAUGCAGUCGUGCUCUGCUUUAAACAAAAUCACUACAUCGUCUACCAGUUAUUAGCUAUUUUCGACUUAGCAUUAUACCAUAAAUCCACCUUUCCAUAGCUAUUUACAUUGAGUAGUGAGAUGCAUUAUCAAAUGUUUUCUCAAUGUCAAAAACAGCUACUAUGGAGUUUUUCUUGGCUAAAUAGUCUUUUCGAUUUUUCCUCUAACAUGUGUAACACUUACUUACUUUUAUGGCGACAGGUCGUUGAGAUCCUAUGCCGAAUCCAGAAUACGCCUCCACAAAACUGGGUCUUGGGCUGCUCCUUUCCAGUCUCCCCUUAUAUUCGCUACUCGGGCAUCUUCGUCUGCCUUGAAGUCGUCUGCCUUUAUCCAGUUCUAUGCUAGACAUGAUUGUCUUUUCUCUCAGAAAACCUCUAGAGUGCAGGAGAACAUCUUGCACUGCGGAAACAGCUGCUCUAACACUAAAGAGCAAAUCAACGCUCAUGCUAGAAGAGAGCGACAAACGAUUUUCAUCUGCUGAGCUUCCUGAAAGCACUGCGGUGAAAUCAGAAAUCUCUCUCUAGCGAGACAAUGAACUAUGGUGUACUUUCUCACACGUGUGGACAUCACGCACAAUAAUUACACUGCAGAGCUAUCUGCGGUGCGUUUCACAGUUGGUUUCUUGAGCAUGGCAGAAGAGGAAAAGAGAUUGGGAGAAAAAAUAAUUGACUGCGUGCCGCUCGUGCCGGUCGAAUUUACUCUGGUUGAAUUCGUUUUCGCAGUGUAGCUACACGAGGACUACACUUUCGCCCGGUAGGUUUUUUUCACCUUCCCACUACUCGCCAAUGAACACUGUUGUGUACUUCUGCGUUUUCUCUGUAGAGAGAUUCACCCCUCUUGUUUCUAUCAGAUGUGGGGUGAGCUGGAAGUGUGUUUGACUCUCUGUAAGCUGGUUGAGAUACUUUGGAGUGGAGAAAGAAGCAGUGUGGUGAAAGCAUUUGCUACACGCAGGCACAUACUGGAAGGGAAGUGUGCGGUGAAAUUUUUCUCCUCUCCUUUCACAUACUGAGGAGAAUGACAAGCAUGAUGCUAGAUAUUAUUUUGCCGGUCGCUCAACCACCAUCCGUGUUACGUGUCCAGCCCACUGUAACCUGCCUUGUUUUAUUUUUGAUUGCGAAAAAUUUUCUCGCGAAAAAUUCUUGAAGAAAUGCGCGGAUACGUCCAAUCGCGGUAAUAUCUUCUACGAAAAGUGCGGAAAUUGGAUUUGCGCACUUUUUGUAGAAUACACCAACAUGAUUGAUAAUAACUGCGCACUUCUACGGCGUUUUUCAUGCAUCUUGCGAGAUAAAUUCUCCCGCAAUCGAUAAUAUCAACUUGACAAUAUCAGCAUGUUUGUAUACGUCGUACAGCUCGUGAUUUAUGCGCCUUCGCCACACCCCAUUUUCUAGUUGGCCUCCGAGUAUUAAUCGCAGGAUUCUACGCUCGAAGACCCUAAGCGCUCGUCGAUCGGCCUCCUGCCACGUCCACGAUUCGUGUCCGCAGAGCGUCACCGGGAGGAUCAGAGUCCUAUAUAGCGCAAAUGUCGUACGGAUCUGUAGGCUACGGGACCUAAGCUGGCUACGCAAUUCGUAAUAAGCCCUAUUCGUUGCCGCAAUCCGUCUUUCCACUGCAAAUAACUGUAGUUUGCUUCCUGCUAGUAAGUGUGUAAAUUAAUGGAAAUCAUCGUAAUAACUGGAAUAAAAAAGUGCCUGCUCUCAGGGUCGGGUUUGGGUAUUGAGGGGCCUGGGGCAGAUGUUUUCAUGGAGCCCUCUUUCUUUUGAUCAGGCCCAGAACAUUUAAUCCCCAUCCUAACGUAUGACAUUUAAAAAGGUUGGGAUACCACCUUGGUUACAUAGACUAUGGUAUUUGGUAAUAAGUAUGUAUUCUAGGAGGUACUCACCCCUUUUGGUUGUGAAGGUACCUUCAUUCUGUCAAGAACUGGUUGUUGCUUCGUUGCCAGUAGUUGAUUAGUUUCUCAACUUCUCCAGGUGGCGAUUCUUAUUGUUACCCAGCAAAGUACGCCGAGGCGAUGUUUGAGCUCAAGUAUUCUCGAGCCUUUGGAACUUCUAUUUGUAUGGCCGCUAAGUCUCUGUUGAUAAAUUCUGUAGUUGUAAUAACAUAAGUCGAUGCUGCGCAUCUUCAACGAUCAGCUUACCGAUAUUGGAAUACCCAAGUAUCUUUUUUCUGAUUUACCUUGACUCUUGGAUGAAGGCCACGUUUAGAUCGUCUCUAGUGAGUCUUUGGAAGAGGAUAGAUCAUCCAAUGCAUCUCGCGUGGGGUAGUUUCUAUGCUUUUUUUGUGAUUGUCGGAUUAUUGAGAUUUCAUUAGAUUCCCCAGAUUGAAGAGACAAUCCCUACCUCUCUUACCGACAGUAUUACCUGACUUCUCGAAUGGGAUGGGUCUGUUCCACGUUUCUCUUCGGCUUUGCCUUCCUUCCUUGUUAGAUUCUUUACUGACAUCACCCUUAGACAGUUUCCAAAGCCAGGGAGUGAUUCCAACUUUCUCCAUUGACAGUAGUAGCUCAGCAUGUUCUUCGACUGUAUUCCAUUUGAGGUUCCUCCAAGCGUAUGUGUUUAUAUCGUUCUAGCUUUCUAUCGUAACUUCUGUCAUCAAUCUCGGGUGUCUGGUUCGAUUGGAACGAGAGUUCGAAAAGAUAAUUAGUUCCAGUGGUGCAAGGAGUGCUAAGCUCAAUUAUGAUACAAAUUAGACGGAACCACUGUUUUUUGACAAAAAUUUCGCCAUGUUUAGAGUUUCUGUUAGGAAACACUUUUUUCUUUUGUAACUUUCAAAUUGUCAAACGAUUCCUGUCCAUCGGAAGCAGGCCCAUCGGUACCGGCCAAAAGAACCACAAAUUGAUGUUUCAAGUCAGAAGCGAACCUAAUUACGCAGAACCAAGGUGCGUUUUGGAGCAGCAGAUCCAGAAACUCUAGCAGACAAUAGCGCAAACAAUCGUAAAACCCACAAGCGAGUACUUAAUCGGACUCCGUGGGCACAAACUGGCACUGACAUAAUCCUAAGCUCAUGCAUGUGUGCGUGUGCGGUUAAUCAUCGAUAGAAGAGAAUUUAUUUUUUCGCUUGGAUAGAGAGGCAAACAACUCAUUAGAUUAGACAACAAAAUAAGUUAGAUAGCCGGAGAAAAAUCAUAGAUGAAUAUAAAAAAAUUGAGACGAAAAAACAGCAAACCGUAUUGGCUCUUUCUAGCAUAAAUCGCAUUUUUUCAGUGCAUCCUACGAGUAAGCAGAGCAAACCUGCUUCUGAACCGGGAGACGGAAAAAUCAUACCAAGCCAGCAGUUCCUCUUUCAUGGGUUUCCCGGUAAAGUUUUGUUACAACUAUCAAAAGAGGGAGUGCUACGUUUUCCUCAAUCUUCCAACGCAUACUAUUCACCCAUUCACAGGCACUCACGUCCCGAAAACUAAGCCGGUAAAGUUAGAAAACACACCGUUCGUUAAGCGGAUAAAAUUCUCAGUUCAGUUUUCACAAUUCAGUUUGAACGGGAAAAGGAUUUAACACGGCGAAGCAAGGUAGGAAAGUAAAUUUUAAUUAACGAUAAAAUUAUCCAGAACCAUGAUUCUUAUGACUAAAAUGUAUAAAUUACCUUUACAACAAGAGGAAAAAUGAAAAAUACGACGCAAAGAUAAUGCAUGCUCUUACCUAGUAACCGAAAAAGGAAAACUAAACUCAUAGUAACUAAGCGCGGCAUGACAGUUUAGUUGGAAACCAAUUUAAAGUAAACAAAAAAAAACAGCUCCAUAUUUCUAAGCGAAAGCCAGCGAAACGGCGAGCGUGCAGCAUCUUUGAUGUCUUAUAAAAAUGGAGAGAAUACUAAAUCCAUACGCUUUAAAAAACUACAUAGCAGAACAGCAAAAACGCGUUAGGCAGAGCAUGGCGGCAAAGAAAACUAUCACUAGUAGUACGGAUUGUAAUUCUGCCAAAGAUCAAAUCAUCAUGAAUCUAGUUAAACGCUGGUGUAGUGAAAGAAGAGAUUAGACUUUCUAUCUUAAGUUUAGAGCGAGCGGAAAAAGCUGACCGAACAGGGAAAGUAUUAGAACAAUACUAACUAAAGUAUUAGAACAAUACAUACUAAGUAAAAAUGCUACUUAUCAGAAAAUCUUAUCCUUUACAAAAUCACUGUGACUACUAACUUUCAUUAGACCUUUUCUCAAUUCGUAAACAUAUACUAUCACUCUGACGCUGAUACAUCUUUGCGAGUAAAACAAAAAAAAACUAAACACACUGACACAGUCUCACAGCCAUUAUGAAAGCGGCACUUCGAGCUAAAUCAUGUUGAAAGAGGUAAGAAGCGGCAGCGGUUUUUCUUUUUGUAUUUAGCAGAUCAAGCAGAAAAGUAAAACAAGAAAACCAAUACUGAGCUACUGUAGUAUUAAAAGGAAACCAAAAAAAAAACUAACUCAUAGGAAAGAAACAACAACAAAAAAACAGAUACUGUAAAUAGGCAAAUCUUUUUGCGGAAAGCAAAUCCACGAAAAGAGUAGGAAACUUUAAAAAUGGCAAAUAUGUAAAAUUAUUAACACAAGAUGAAAAUAAUACCAAAGAAUCAUUAAGAAAAAGAUAUAUUUUUUUAUAUGACAAGUAAUUAAUUGAUUGAAAAAUUAAAAAAUAAACAUGAAAUCAGGCGUAUAAAGUUUUUUACCCGCUUUAUCCCAAAUUUGAGAACAUAAAAAAGAAGAAAAAAAAUAUGAUGAGAUAAUAUCGUUCUCUUUGAGAGAAUUUGUAUAGUAAAACGGUUUUAUUAAAUCAUAUAAUGUGAUAGUUAAUUAUGUAUUUUUUAGAACAGACAGAGAGAAGAAAUAAAAUCCUCUUCCAGAACUUACUUAGGAAAAGAACAAAAAAAAAAACACGGUGAAGUAACGCAAAAUCGUAAAUGCAAAAAAGCUAGGUAGUUAAAGUAAGUUGUUUAAUUUUUCUUCGUUUUUUUCUCUUACUAAUCUACAUCCGAAGUGUGGAGACUGGGAGGUAGUCAAACUCGGUUUUUUGUCAUUUCUGUCAAUUGCUGUAAAAUUAGAUCUUGUCCGCGCUUAUUCAAAACGCUUUUGGUUUUCCCUCAAGAAUGUCACUUGAUGUAUAAAACUGAAAUUACAAAAAAAGUAACAGUCUUACUCUCUGGUAGCAUUGUCCAUCUAUAGCUGGCCCUAUAGCAAAUUGUGUAAUGUGAAUAUUUCCAACCCCAAGCAGACAAAACAAAAACGAGAAAAAAAAACGCUAGAAGUAAAGUUAAAUCAAACACAUCACACUAUUUUUUUUAUUUUUAACCAACAAUUAUAACACAAAGCUAACCGAAAAUCAACUCCAACACACACAAACAUUUUUCGAAUCUCUGUAAAUCUACAAGUGAAAGAAAACUUUCUGACAAGUACACUCACACACACAUACACAUCCACAAGCUAACCAUGAUACAAGCAAACAAGGAAAGAACAGUUCAAGAAAACACAAACCUAUUCAUACAGACAGAUAACAAAACAUCGCGGUAAGUUUAAAACUUCUUUUGAUAAAAUAUAUUUAAAAAAAAUCGAAAAAAGUAUUACAGACGGUUGCGAAAGAUUCAAGAAAAUAAGAAAAAAUAUUGCUCCUGCCAUACAUUUUUUAUAUAAAAAAAAGUAAAGUAAAGAUAAGAUUUAAAACAGGAUAGUCAUACCGCUGAAUGUGACAUAAGUUAAAGACAGUUUAGUUAAAAGAAACAAUAAUAUUAAAAUUCUAAAUGAACAGCAAACCAGUCGAUGAAAGCAAGAGGAAAAUGAACCGCGAAAGGGCGUUGGAUGAACCGAUGAAAGCUUUUACAGUAACACAGAAAUGCGGAGAACGAAGCAAACUAGAUGAGGUUUUUCCAGCCAUUUGAAAGAAAAUCGCAUAACACCACAUAGUCAACGGUAAGAAAAAUCAAAACAUAGUUGAAGGUUGCCAAAGAGAACACAAAUUAAUAAGUGAAUAAAAAACAUAUUUGCGAAGAGUUAAUAAUCCAGAGUAAAUAAUCCAGAGGAGAAAACUAUGGCAUUGGGAUCACCUCACGGGCGAGUUUUUGCUUUACGUUUGUUCCACAAACCAAGUAGUCAAAAUCAUCGACUUUCCACAGUUUCGUCUUGUAACCGGGAAGGUUGCACUUUUUGAACGCGAAGUUCCACUCAUCAAGGGGGCUGUAAUUAUUGCCCCCUCCAAUUUCCACAACACUUUUCACACUCUCUAUCUCUUCAUCGGCCACCGCGCAUUCGCUUUUCCUCGCACGGAUCACCCAUUGAAGUGCGCGUUUUUUCGGAAACACGCCGCGCUCUUGCACCUUAAAAUACGGAAAAAAUGAACAAAAAUAAGUAAACAGACGCCCUCUCUAGACGCAUGACUUACUGCGUCGCGAAGGAGGCAAACUCAAAGAACCCCCCGUUUUCCUCUGUAAAUACUACCUUUAUUUCCCAGUAACCUCUUGGGCUCUCGAAUUAGAUUUAAAAAAUACUUUUCGAAAUUACAUCGAGACAUGUUCUUUUCUUAAUUGUCUUGCAGCAGAAAGUUAAUGGCAACUGACUAAAACAAGAAGGACAAUAGCAAACAAAUUCAUAAUCUAAAGAAAAAUAGUAAAAAUAAUCUUUUCUCCUCUUCGACAUACAAAAGCAUCAUUUUCAAAGAGAAAUGCAUCGCUCGCUUUCCGAUCGGCUGAGAUGUCGAAUGCUGAGACAAAAUUAAAGCAAUCGGGUUCCAGCUCACCGUUCAACAAAUAUUCUGUAUCACUCUGAAUUUCACCUGAAUUUGCUUACCAAAGUUAAUGACAAUAAGGUUAAGUUUUUCAUAACAGUUCAAUUAUUUCUCAUCUGAAGUUUUUUUUCCGAGAAUAUAACAUAUACUCACGAAAAAAUAGAUCUAUGUCAAAUUCGAAUCAAAAAAGAUAGCGUGAACAAUGAGCUGGAUUCGGUACUUACAUCUAGCUAAAAACAAGUAUUUUUAAUAGAAAUGGCUUUAAUGACAAAUACUCACACACACUGUCAUAUCGAUCACGCACACACGCCACAAAGCAAACAUUGAUUCACCAUCACACACACAUACGAUACAUACAUACGGUCCACUUGGCCUUUUCGUCGCAAGUCCCUCCAAAUUAAUUCAGCAUAUUACCGGAAAACUACUGAACAGAGCAAAGCAUACAAUAAAUAUACUACGAAACGCAACCAAAAAUUAAACAAAUAAACAAACAAAAAAUGCCAUAGACAGAACAAACUUUACUGAACCAAAGACAUUUAGAUCUACACCAUGAAAACAGAAUGCUGUAUAGCGAUUGAGAAUUACAAUUACCCAUGUGUCCUGCUACAAAAUCCGAAUGACAAAAAAACAAUGGCAAGCAGCACGGUUCCGAUUUCAAAUCUCGGACACCCAAACGACCUUACACACUUGAAAAAAAAAAAAACAAAACUAAAACUACCAAGUGAAGAAAGGGACGCUUAUUGUACAACAUAACUACAGAAAAAAACGAAAAAUUGUAACUAAAUGACUUUAGGGAAACAAAGAAAUUAAAACCAAACAAAACCAACCAACGUGCAUCGGCGAAACACAUUCACUCACCAACACGUUAAUGGAAGCAAAAACAAAGGGAAACCGAACCCGCGGUCAGUAUCUAACGAUAAAAUAAAACAGAGUGAAAUAAAAUGCUACACGAAAAAAAAACGAAGAAACGCCGCAAAACAAACACAGAACCUAAAAAAGGGCGAAUCUUUUAUUUCUUUUGCGAAUCGAAGACUAAAAGUAAAAAAAAAAACAAGUGCAGACAACAAUAUCGUUAUACAGACACGCGAACGUGUGUGUUCAACACAGAGUGCAAAACGAACACGAAAAAACAAAGGUGGAAAGAAUUGUAUGCAUGCAGUUACAAAACACUCAAUCGCCUAGCGAAGCGGGAAAACGAAAAAUAACGCGUCAAAAAGAAGAGAAAGAAAGUAAUAUAGAGUAAUCACAAGUUUAAUGAUAAAUUAAAUAAAUUAUUAUUAUUAUUAUUAUUAUUAUAUUACCAAAACCAAAAUAAAUUAUUUCAAAAAAAAAAAGAACAUAUGAAGAGUAAAACAAAAAAAGGGAAGUACGCUAAAUGCAGAGAAAAAAAAUGAAAACAAAAAACCCUAAAAAAUAAAGACGUUGUUAAGAUUACGAAAUGUUUUAUAACCGUUAUAAAAAAAAUCGCUGCGAAAAAUAAAUCAAUCCAAACACAUUCCUCCUGUAAAAAAUUAA